AUGGAGAUGGAGAUGGGAUCACAACGCUUCGGGCACAACCAUCCGAUGGUGUUCAACAAUGUGUCGAGUAAUAAAAUCAAAGAGGUUACUUGCUCAAGGUGUGGGGAGAGGAAUGUGAGUUUUACCUCCACAAGAAAGCCUCCAGAGAUUCGCCACCCUUACCAUAGCAAUCACCCUCUUGUUCUCUUACCAAAGCCAUCAUACAAGGGAGGACGAGCCUUAUGCGAUUUCUGCGGCAAAACCUGUGAGAAAUUUAUUUAUCAUCGCUCUUGUAAUUUAGACCUUCAUGUCAAAUGUGCUUUAUUGUCCUUCAGCAUUGCUAAAAAGAGACUUAGAGAGCUUAAAAGUGUACCUCUCAAAGUUCUGUCGGUAUCCGCUGAAGACAACGAUAAAGAAGUUAAGGUCAGAUGUUUUGUGUGUGGGGAACCAUUAGUAGGAUCUAUGCACUUUUCUCUUGAUUGUGGGUUUAACCUACAUAAGAAAUGUGUUGAACUACCUCCUAAAAUCAAUUACCCCGUUCAUAAGAACCAUCCUCUGAUUUUACAGUUUCGUGUUGAAAGAUCCCGUUGCAACUUAUGUCAUCAAAUCCUACCUGCACGUGGAUUUAGCUAUUCUUGUUCACCUUGUAAAUUUGCACUUCAUAUAGCAUGUGCGGUGUUACCUCCUAAACUCGAUCUUCCCUUCCAUCGUAAACACCCUCUCGUUCUAGCAUUCCAAAACAAUCCAUCUUGCAAGGCAUGCAAAGAAACCCAACGCGGUAAAUUUGUUUAUCGUUGUUCAUCUUGCAAUUUUAACCUUCAUUUCGAGUUUGCAUCACCACCUCUUACCAUUAAAGAAAACACCCAUGAACACCCUUUCACUUUGUUGUGGAGACAAGUCUCAUUCAUUUGUGAUGCAUGUGGUGUUAAGGGAAACUCUGUUUCCUAUAUAUGUUCCGCAUGCAGCCUUGUAGUCCAUAAACAAUGCAUUUCCCUGCCACCCAUAAUCACAAUCCCCCGACAUGAACACCCGAUUUUCCACAAAUAUUUCCUUCAACCUCAUGUGUACAGGGAUCGUGAUUGUAAAAUUUGUUAUAAUGAAGUGAAAGUGGAGUAUGGGAGUUACUCUUGCCCCUUCUGCGAGUUCAUUAUCCAUGUGAGAUGUGCUUUAGAGAAGAAAGGAUGGUACAAGGUGAUUGAAGCAAAGCUUCUUGGUGAUUUGACAAUGGUUCCGAGAAGGUCUACUAAUCCCAUCAUUUGCAUUGAGAAAAACAAAGAUGGAGAAAUGACAAAAAUAAGACAUUUCAGCCAUGUACAUGAUCUGAUAUUAAAGGUCAAUCCCAUGGAGGAACAUUGUGAUGGGGCCAAUCUCAUGGAGGAAUACUGUGAUGGGUGUGUCCUACCCGUUUCGUAUCCGUUUUAUCAUUGCUCGCAAUGUGAUUUCUUUCUGCACAAAACAUGUGCUGAAUUGCCUCUGGAGAAACGAAUGUGGUUUCACAAAUGUGAACAGUUUCUUAUCCUUGUUGUAGAUCAUAUUUUCAAAUGUGGUCUUUGUCAAAGUGAGUGCAACGGCUUCUCCUACAGAUGCGAGGAGUGUGAUAUUCAUUAUUGCCUCCAUUGUGCAACGAGGAGCUUCACUAUCAAACAUCCUGCACGAAAACACCCUAUUCACUAUGAUCGUAAUUACGAAGGACGGUGUGACGCAUGCGAUGUCGAAAGGCUUGGUCUCUUCAAAUGUAAGCGUUGCCCAAUCAGUUUGCAUAUCCAAUGUUUAAGACAACCGCUCACGGGUUGGCACAGAUGUGAUGAACACAUACUUGCACUUAUGAAGAGGUCAAUACAUAUUCCCAAUAUCUGUAUUGUGAUAUCUGUGAAAGAAAGAGAAGCUCGAGUCGUUGGUUCUAUCGUUGUUCGAUCUGUGAUGUUUCUGCUCAUCCUGAUUGUGUUCUUGGACAGUAUCCGUUUAUCAAACAAGGAAGCAUUUUCAGGGUAUUAG